AUGACCACAAUGACUGACGACGUAGAGAACGGAAACGGUGAGAUACAAUGGUGUUUCUCACAAGUUAAAGGCACGUUGGAAGAUGAUGUUACCGAAGCCGAUUUAAUUUCCUGUGUGGAGUUUAACCACGAUGGAGAAUUAUUGGCUACCGGUGACAAAGGCGGUCGAGUAGUAAUAUUUCAACGGGAUCCAAUGAGUAAAACAUGUAUUCCAAGACGAGGGGACUACACUGUAUACAGUACGUUCCAAAGUCAUGAACCUGAAUUUGAUUAUCUUAAAAGUUUAGAAAUAGAAGAAAAAAUUAAUAAAAUUAGGUGGCUCAGACGUAAAAAUCAAGCUCAUUUUCUAUUGUCUACUAAUGACAAAACCAUUAAACUGUGGAAAGUGUCUGAAAAAGAUAAGAAAAUUGAAGGAUAUAAUACUAAAGAAGACAGUGGCAUCAUGAGGGAUCCAAUGAAUAUUACUUCCUUGAGGGUGCCAGUGUUGAAGUCAAUGGAACUAAUGGUUGAAGCUUCUCCAAGAAGAGUAUUCGCCAAUGCUCAUACUUACCAUAUUAACUCAAUCAGUGUAAAUUCUGAUCAAGAAACCUAUCUAUCGGCUGAUGACCUAAGAAUAAAUUUAUGGAAUUUAGAAAUCACUGAUCAAAGUUUCAAUAUUGUUGAUAUUAAGCCUACUAACAUGGAAGAGCUCACAGAAGUCAUAACAGCAGCUGAAUUUCAUCCGCUGGAAUGCAACUUAUUUGUAUACAGUAGUAGCAAGGGUACAAUUCGUCUAUGUGAUAUGCGAUCUUCAGCAUUGUGUGAUAAACAUGCUAAAUUGUUUGAAGAACAAGAUGAUCCAACAACGAGAAGUUUCUUUUCUGAAAUCAUAUCUAGUAUAUCUGACGUGAAAAUAUCCAAUUCUGGCCGUUACAUGAUGUCUAGAGAUUAUAUGACUAUCAAGGUUUGGGAUUUACAUAUGGAAACUAAACCGAUUGAAACAUAUCCCGUGCACGAGUACUUGCGACCUAAACUAUGUUCAUUGUAUGAAAAUGAUUGUAUUUUCGAUAAAUUUGAAUGCUGCUGGUCGGGCACUGAUCAAUAUAUUAUGACUGGUGCUUACAAUAAUUUCUUCCGAAUGUUUGAUCGGGCAGCUAAACGAGAUGUCACAUUAGAAGCUUCUAAAGAAAUUGCUAAGCCUAAGACAGUAUUGAAACCUAGAAAAGUGUGUAUAGGAAAUAAACGUAAAAAAGACGAGAUUAGCGUCGAUUGUUUAGACUUUAAUAAGAAAAUUCUUCACACUGCAUGGCAUCCGAAUGAAAACAUUGUUGCUGUUGCGGCCACCAAUAACUUGUAUUUGUUCCAAGAUAAAUUGUAG